AUGGAUAUAGAUUACGAUGAAGAUAUGUUCUCGGCUACAGAAAUUCCUUGUCUACAGCUGCGGAGCAUAGAGGAGCCGCAGGGAGGCGCGGGCGGCGGCGUGCCCGCGCCAACCUGCUACGACGCGGAGUGCGCCCGCACGGAGGCCUGGCUAGAUGAGAACCAGGAGUUUGUGCAUGACUAUUUCUUAAGGAAGGCGACGCGGCAGGUUGUAGACGCGUGGUUAGUGUCUCACGCUACCCCACCCAGCGCCGAACUUGCGUCCCCUUCGCGGGCCGGCUCAGGUUCAGGCGCUACUACACCUGUCAGGAAGAUCUCAGCGCAUGAGUUUGAACGCGGUGGGCUUCUAAAGCCUUUGGUGACCACAGUCGACGGCACCCCCACCUUCCUUGGUGACCAGCCACAUGCUACACCGUCGCGGCCACAAAGACGGUCGCGGCAUGAGUUAAGGCAACUCGACGAGAAGGAACUUAUAUUUGAAUUAGUUAAAGACAUAUGCAAUGAGUUGGAGGUUCGUGUGCUAUGCCACAAGAUCCUUCAGAACGUGUCGAUACUGCUCGACGCGGACCGAGGCUCUCUAUUCCUGGUGCAGGGCGAGAGGGCAUCAUCACCUCACCCACAAAACGGACGAUGUCUUGUAUCGAAGCUGUUCGAUGUAUGUUCAAAGUCAACGCCAGAACAAAUGGAGCAACUCGAGGAGAUCAGAAUACCGUGGGGUAGCGGCAUCGUAGGCUACGUCGCAGAGAGCGGCGAACCUGUUAAUAUACCUGACGCAUACAAGGACGAGAGAUUUAACCACGACAUUGACCAACAGACGGGUUAUAAGACGAGGUCGCUCCUUUGCAUGCCUAUCAAGGAUAUCAACGGGGAGGUCAUAGGUGUUGCGCAGGUCAUUAACAAGCAAAGCGAUGGGCCAUUUACGACGUAUGAUGAAAAAGUCUUCGCAUCAUAUCUACAAUUCUGCGGCAUCGGUCUACGAAACGCUCAAUUGUAUGAACGAUCGCAGUUAGAAGUGAAGAGGAACCAAGUUUUGCUGGAUCUGGCGAGGAUGGUCUUUGAAGAACAGAGCACGAUAGAGCACAUGGUGUUGAGGAUAUUGACGCACACACAGAGUUUGAUACGAUGUCAACGAGUACAGGUCCUACUAGUCCAUGAGGCGUCAAAAGGUAGUUUUUCACGGGUUUUCGACUUAGAGGCUGGCGACGACGCAGAGCCGGGCACGCCACGCACGUCGCCUUAUGAGAGUCGGUUUCCCAUAAACAUUGGUAUUACGGGUUACGUAGCCACGACUGGUGAGACAGUCAAUAUCGCUGAUGCGUACCUGGACCCCCGAUUCGACCCCUCAGUGGAUGACGGCGCAGGGUUCAAACACAAUACCAUACUGUGCAUGGCGAUCAAAAAUUCUGAGGGACGAAUUAUAGGUGUUAUUCAAUUAAUAAACAAAUUCGAUGACUUGUUAUUCACAAAGAAUGAUGAGAAUUUCGUCGAGGCGUUCGCAAUAUUCUGCGGUAUGGGCAUCCACAACACACAUAUGUAUGAAAAGGCAAUCACGGCAAUGGCCAAGCAGAGCGUGACGCUUGACGUGUUAAGUUACCACGCCUCAGCUUCUUUAGAUGACGCUCAGAGAUUACGGAAUUUAAGGAUACCUUCCUCAGUCCACUUCAAUCUUCACGAGCUGGCGUUCGAUGAUAUAGACCUAACAGACGACGACACACUACGCGCCUGUCUACGAAUGUUCCUAGAUCUAGACUUUGUGGAAAGGUUCCACAUAGAUUACAGCGUACUUUGCAGAUGGUUGCUGAGUGUUAAGAAGAAUUACCGCAAUGUAACUUAUCAUAACUGGAGGCAUGCGUUCAAUGUCGCCCAAAUGAUGUUUGCUAUAUUAACGGAAACACAAUGGUGGAAGAUUUUUGGUGAAUUAGAGUGUUUGGCUUUAAUCAUUGGCUGUUUGUGCCACGACCUUGAUCAUCGGGGGACCAAUAAUUCUUUUCAAAUCAAGGCGUCUUCUCCUCUUGCAAUGUUGUACUCGACAUCUACAAUGGAGCACCAUCAUUUUGACCAAUGCCUAAUGAUUCUAAACUCACCUGGAAACCAAAUUUUGGCAAACCUUUCUUCGGAGGAUUAUGAAAAAGUCGUCAAAGUCUUAGAAGACGCCAUUUUGUCCACCGACUUAGCUGUAUAUUUUAGCAAGCGCAACGCCUUCAUCUCGCUGGUGGAGUCUGCGCGCGGCGGCGGCGUGGAGUGGGGCGCGGGCGCGCGGCGCGGGCUGCUGCGCGCCAUGCUCAUGACGGCGUGCGACCUCGCCGCCAUCUCCAAGCCGUGGCCGGUGGAGCGCCGCGUGGCCGCGCUCGUCGCCGGCGAGUUCUUCCGGCAGGGCGACUUGGAGCGCCAGAAUUUGAAUUUGACGCCGAUUGACAUUAUGAACAGGGAUAAGGAAGACCAGCUUCCCGCUAUGCAAGUCAAAUUCAUUGAUUCUAUAUGCCUCCCGAUAUACGAAGCCUUCGCUGCUUUAUCGCCUGCGCUACAACCGAUGCUGGACAGAGUGAAAAGCAACCGCGCUCAUUGGAUCGAGCUCGCGAACAAUGACAAAUAUACAGGAGAAAAAUACGAUUACGCCCUAGAAAAGGAUACCACGGAGAGAAAUGACAAAUCAAGUAUCAGUUCCCACGUCGACGACACAGAAAAUACAUACGAGGGAGAUAGCAGCGGGGCUGUCAGUUUGUCCUCCGACAACUCGAAGUUCGAUAAUCUCGAAAACCCAGUCGUCGGUCUCGUCAACAACAACGCUCUAACUCUACCGCGAGAUCCUAAAAUCUGUCAACUAAACGAA